CUUCCUAACCGGUGCUUGCUGACUGUCAUGGGGCUUGCCCAGUGGCAGCCUCACCCCAGGCUGCUGCUGGUCCUCAUGGUGUUAAGGUGGCUGCCACCCAGCUUGAGUCUAGAGUUGAUCCCUUACACGCCGCAGAUAACAGCCGGGACCCUGGAAGGAAAGGUCACAGCCUCCACCUUCUCCUUGGAGCAGCCCCGCUGUGUCUUUGAUGGGUAUGCCUCGGCCAAUGAAACCAUCUGGCUGGUGGUGGCAUUCAGCAAUGCCUCCAGGGACUUCCAGAACCCACCAACCGUGGCUAAGAUCCCAGCCUCCCCACAGCUCCUGACUGAUGGCCACUAUAUGACGUUGCCUUUGUUCCUGGACCAGCUGCCCUGUGAGGAGCCGAAGGGUGGCGGCGGGGACGUGCCCGUGCUGCGCGUGGGCAAUGACUUCGGCUGUCGCCAGCAGCCCUACUGCAACGCCCCCCUCCCGGACCCCGGUCCCUACCGCGUGAAGUUCCUCCUGAUGGACGUCAGCGGCUCUCCCAAGGCCGAGACCAAGUGGUCAGACCCCAUCGCUCUUCACCAAGGGAAGGCACCAAGCUCCAUUGACACGUGGCCUGGGCGGCGGAGCGGCUGCAUGAUCGUCAUCGCGUCCAUCCUCCCCUCCCUGGCUGGUCUCCUGCUGCUGGCUUUCCUGGCAGCCUCCACGAUGCACUUCUCUAGCCUGUGGUGGCCGGAGGAAGCCCCCGAGCAGCUCCGAAUCGGCUCCUUCAGGGGAAAGCGCUAUAUGACCCACCAUAUCCCACCCAGCGAAGCGGCCACGCUGCCCGUGGGCUGUGAGCCGGGCCUGGAUCCCCUUCCCAGCCUCAGUCCCUAGCCGGGGGGCGCUCCCGGCCCCCCGCAUCUCCAGCAGCAGCCCCGCAGCCACCGCCCCCGUCCCGCCGCACCUGCCUGGCGGGCUCCCGGCUCUCUGCCGCCCUCCUCAGGCGGGUGUCUGUAAGUGCACCUGGGAGAGGAUGCGGGGGGGGGGGGGCAAGCCAACUGUGGGAAGCCAGUACCCCCAGAUCUCAAGGGAGCGCCUGUCAGCAGUCUCAAGGACCCCUCCCCGGAGUUCUGCAAACAGGAAGCAAUUUUGCAGAGUGGGGAGAGCGUCCCAGCUGCCCCGCUGCCUGUGCAAGUGAUGCGUGCAGGGAGCGCUUCCUCCCCAAGAGUGCGCA